AUGGCGCCAUCGCCGGCGGCCUCUCCCCUUCAUCUACGGCGCCAUCGCCCGCGGCCUCUCCCCUUCAUCGACGGUGCCAUCUCGUCCGAGUACGAGCUGGAGGAGCACGUGUACGUCGGGGACGCAGCAAGGCCAGCACGCCAUCGGUCCCGUCUUCCCUGGUUCCUCGCCGAGCGCCACGAAGAGGAAGAGAGAAUGGUGAAGGAGAAGGGGAAUGAGAAGGGAAAGGGUGCUGGUAAGGAGAAUGGGAAGCCGAAGGGUGCUGGUAAGGAGAAUGGGAAGGCAAAGGCAAAGGAAAAGAGCUUGAAUUACCUAAUUAGGCAAGAUUCGGCGCUGCCUCCUCUAGUUCCGAGGAAGAAGAGCAAACCUAAGGUGCAGAUUAAGAAGGCGAAAGACUUUCCCAAUGCCCCAAUGGGAGAGUUAAUUUAUGACUACAGGAGUUCGUUAAAACCGGUUAUGGUGGAGGCAUUAGUUUGUGGUGCAAGUUAUAUAAAGGGUGCUCACGUUGACUUGAAUCUGGUGCCGAGGGAUGAGAAUGAAGAGGAUGAUGUUGAAACCAUCAAGUUACCCAUCGUGGAGGAGAUCAACGAUUGACACUCAUCAUGUGGAUGUUGAUCUUGAUCUUGCUAUUUUGGAGACGAAUGUCAAAGUGAUCUUUCUCAUGGGAAGGCUACUUUUGCAUUUGGGUUAUGUUCGAACUUGUCAAGUCAUGAACUGUGAAAUGUCACAACUAGCUUGGAGAUGAACCUCUCAUUUGUGUUAUGUUCAACUUGCCAAUUGACAUGGACUUGAAAUUGUCAUUGCAAGUUUGUAAUCGUGUCGUUCAAUGAUGAUAAGACAUUAUGUUUGUGGA